CAGCGUGGGGGGGGAGGGGGUUGUGUUGCGCGUGCGCUCUGGCUCCCGGUCGCUAUGCGGGUGCUCGUGGGCGGCGGCACGGGCUUCGUGGGGACCGCCCUGACCCAGCUGCUGAAAGCCAGGGGCCACGAGGUGACGCUGGUGUCCCGGAAGCCCGGGCCGGGCCGGAUCACGUGGGAUGAGCUCGCUAGCUCCGGGCUGCCCAGCUGCGAUGCUGCGGUCAACCUGGCCGGGGAGAACAUCCUCAACCCCCUCCGAAGGUGGAAUGAAGCCUUCCAAAAAGAGGUUCUCCGCAGCCGACUGGAGACCACCCAAACUCUGGCUAACGCCAUCGCGAACGCCCCACAACCCCCAAAGGCCUGGAUCAUAGUCACAGGUGUAGCAUACUACCAACCCAGCCUGACUGCCGAGUAUGAUGAGGACAGCCCAGGAGGGGACUUUGACUUUUUCUCCAACCUGGUAACCAAAUGGGAAGCUGCAGCCAAGGUUCCCGGAGAUUCUACACGCCAGGUGGUGGUACGCUCUGGAGUUGUGCUGGGCCGUGGGGGUGGUGCCAUCGGCCAUAUGCUGCUGCCCUUCCGUCUGGGCCUGGGAGGUCCCAUCGGUUCAGGCCACCAGUUCUUCCCUUGGAUUCACAUCGGGGACCUGGCAGGAAUCCUGACCCAUGCCCUUGAAACAAGCCGUGUGCAUGGGAUCUUGAAUGGAGUGGCUCCAGCCUCCACCACUACUAAUGCUGAGUUUGCCCGGGCCUUGGGUGCUGCUUUGGGCCGCCCAGCCUUCAUCCCUGUCCCCACCUCUGUGGUGCAAGCUAUCUUUGGGCGGGAGCGUGCCAUCAUGCUGCUGGAGGGCCAGAAGGUGGUCCCCCGGCGGACACUGGCCAGUGGCUACCGAUAUUCCUUCCCAGAGCUGGGGACUGCCUUGAAGGAAGUCGUAGCAUCGUAAGUAGGGAGGUUCACAGCAGGAGUUGAGGCUUGUGCCCAGUAGAUACUGUGAAUAGGUGCGGGUGAUUCUUAGGGAGGCUUCUCCCACAACUUUCUUCCCCAUUGUGCUGUUGCUCCAUCUUACUGAGAAACUCCACAGCUAGUCAUGAAGUUCAGACCCUGACCUCUUCAGCUCCUUAUAAAAGAAUGCCCAAGUCUGGUUUCUCUACAUGGUUGUCCCAAUUCUUUAAGUUAUAUAGAGACUGCUUUGCACUUUUGGCAAUAAAGAUAAAUUAUCUCACUA